UGCUACUAUGGUAGCAUUAGCAUUAAAUAAGCUCGCGAAACUGUAUGACUUAACUAUUUACUUCGCCGUCCGACUAAAAUCCACGCGUAUUCACUGUGUUUUAAAUCAUUUAUUCACCACAAGUAUAUACCGUAUAAUGACGGAAACCUCAUAAUUUGGUAUUGUUUCUCAUGCUGCCUUAGCCCGUUCGCUGCUAACAAAGAGAAGUUAGCAUCACAUGCUAAUUGUUGUCACUGAGAACAUGUGCAAAGUCCAAAUACUGAGAGCGAUGGUGACUGAGCGACUGAAUGCUGUCGUGGAAGAAAUAUUUGUCGUGUUGGAAAGGACGAUAGCAGAAUACGAGGAGGAACUUUCUCGAACAAAAGAGGAGAACGAGCGACAACGUCAACAACUGGACGCUGUUGUCAAGCCUCAAGUUGUGUUAAACAGAACAGACAUCAGCGACGAAGAUCUUCCCGCUGAGCAGCGGGGGUGGAGCACCUCGGUGGAGCCUGAGGAUCCUGGGCCCCCCCUCAUCAAAGAGGAGCAAGUAUGGACUCCGGAAGAAGCUGACGUCAGCGAGUUUCCAGUGACUUGUGUGGUUGUGAAGAGCGAAGACGAUGACGCUGAGAGGCCGCAGCUUGAGCAGAGUCAAAGUGAGGAGACGAGAAGAUCGGAAGCAGACAGCCUCUUAGCUCCAGUGUCUGACAGUGACGAGACAACGUCACACUCCGCUGACACUGAUGAGGAAGACUCUAAAGCGGAUAAGACGUCUCACACGGACAAAAAAUCAUUUCAGUGCUCGCAAUGUGACAAAACGUUUGGAUGGCUGACAACCUUCAAGAGACACAUGAGAGUCCACACGGGUGAAAAACCGUACGGCUGCUCAGUUUGCGGUAAAAGAUUCUCCUUAAAUUGCACUUUGACGAUACACAUGAGAACGCACACCGGAGAGAAACCUUUUCUCUGCACCAUUUGUAGCCAGAGGUUCUCUCGAAAAAGCGAUCUGGUGGUGCACACGAGAACGCACACGGGUGAAAAACCGUUCGUGUGCUCAGUCUGCGGCGAGACGUUCUCCCAAAGAGGAAAUCUGAACAUACACAUGAGAUUACACACCGGAGAGAAACCCUUGUCGUGCCUGAUUUGUGGCGAAAAAUUCUCCCAUCGAGGCAGUUUGAUGAAUCACACCAGGAAACACACCGGAGAGAAACCGUUCAGUUGCAAAAAGUGCGACGGAAAAUUCUCUUAUAAGUAUCAGUAUCGCAAACACGUGUGUGCUGCUAUACGCGACGCAGCGCUUUGACUCAAUCAUGUAGCAUUAAAGUAACUUAUAUUCUUUUAUCACGUUUAAUAUGUGUAUCAACCAUUGGAAUGAAUUGAGCAUGAAAGUUUUCAUUAAGUCAUGUGACAUUUUCCUUGCAAGAAAAAUGCAAACAAAUGUUAGCACUGUAUAUAAAGGUCUGCAGUAGAGUUGUACGAUAUGCCGGUACUAAAAAACUGCGGUAGGAAUUAAUUAAAAAUGGUACAAUGCUGCCUUUUAAAAAAUACCCGUACUUUUUUCUUCAUGGACAUGAUGACGCGCCAGGGCACACUUGCCAACCCUCCCGAUUUUCCCUCCCGAAUUUCAGUGCCCCUCCCGAAAAUCUCCCGGGACAACCAGUCUCCCAAAUUUCUCCCGAUUUCCACCCGGACAACAAUAUUGGGGGCGUGCCUUAACACACUGCCUUUAGCAUCCUCUCUCUCCUGAAAAGGAGACUAUUAUAUAUGUCUCCGUUAUCCAUAGGUUUAUCUAUAACCCAUAAAGUAGGCAGGCACCGAGCUAUUUCUCAGCGUGUGUUUUAUUCCAGCCAGCACGUUAAUACACUGACACACAACAUCCGGAUUCCCAUCAUGCAUUGCUUCAAAACUACGGCAAGUAGUAAUGUCAAAAACAUAACAGAAGAACGAAGAAGAGACAUGGCGACGACGAGUAAGAAGAAGUACGCUUGCAAGUUCCAAAAUGAUUGGAAAAAAUAAUUUCAGUUCAUCCAGAACAGCUCGAAGGGGAAUGGGUAUGCUGCCUGCACAUUUUGUAGAUCAGACCUCGCCAUUGAACACAGUAGCCGAACGGAUAUACUCAUUUAUGAACGGAUUAUAUUUAUAUAUGAGGGGUGUAACGGUACGUGUAUUUGUAUUGAACCGUUUCGGUACGGGGGUUCCGGUUCGGUUCGGAGGUGUACCGAACGAGUUUCCACACGGACAUAUUAAGUAGCGUAACGUGCGUUGUGUAAACAAUGCACACUGAGGCACAACACACGGCAUGCUAGCAGCUAACGGGCUACGAUAGACUGACCAUACGUCCUCUUUUCACCGGACAUGUCCUCUUUUGCGGAGCUGUCAGGGCGGAGUUUCUUAAAUGCCUCAAAUGUCCGGCAUUUUGAGUUAGGGUUUUCAAUGUACGUUCAGGGUUAAGAAGGGGUUAAAAACAAAACAAAUUGUGCGCGCAGCAGCAUUGGUGAGGGAGGGGCAGAGACAGAGAGAGAGAGAGAGUUGUGAUAAACGCGCAUGCGUCGCCAGGCUCUGCUUUUUAUCAAUAGAUUUAUCAGAUUUAAUUUUUUAUUAUCUAUAGCAGGGGUGUCAAAAGUGUGCCCCGGAGGCCAUUUGCGGCCCACACCUAAUGUUUUAAAGGCCCACGGCACAUUCUAAAAAUACUAUUAAAAUAAACAAAAUAAUAAUAAAAGUGAAAUAAAAAAGCUUAAAGGUGAAAUGUAAUUUAGAAAAAGUUGCAAUGUUGACUAAUAAAACAAACCGUUUUUUGUUUUUUUUCAAACUGUCAUUGCUCAAAACAUAAUAUUGAAUCAAAAUCAAUGUUAUUAUGAAUUAUUGACCUAUCCAAGGUUCCGAUUACUUCACAUCAAAUAUUCCACUAAGAAAAAUAUUUUUGGUGGAAGAUUUUGCAAAUUUGGUAGAAAAAUAAAUAAUUCAU